UUUUAAUCCGGCAACGGUGUUUGCGCGUGGGAUUGCUUCACGGCUCCGGCUGGAAGACCCAAGCGCAUGAUCCGAGAAAAGAGGGCUCCAUCCCCGCCCCACUCCUCUCUCCGGUCUCCACCCGUUUGGCCCGGAUAGAACCGGUUCCCACUUCCCCUUCUGGUUUUACCCCUUCAAGGCUUCGGUAACCACCACACACCAAAAACUGCCCAUUUUACUUGAUACCUUUCUUCUCCCACCCUCCUACUCCACGGCUAUUGCUAUCACAUUUCUUUCUCCCCCCAGAAAUAAAUCCUCUCCAGAAAAGAAACUGUGUUGUUGUGCUGCCAGACCAGAAGGAAACAAAUGAGUAAACAGAUGGUGCUGGAUCUUUAGGGGCUGACUUUUGAUGAUCAAAGCUUAUGACCUUGAUGCAGAGCCUAUGAUGAGGGCAAGUUUCAUAUGAUUUCUGUGACCCGAGAUUCUUGAUGCUGGAUCCACUGUCUUCACAGAAUGUCCUUAGCUGCUAUGUGGUCGGGAAACUUUCAUCAAAUAAGGAACAGUCUUGGGUGCAAUUGUUGUUUUAGGUUGUUCAGGCUUCAUACUGAAUUUAUUCCUGGAAAGGUGCUUGAUGCUGGAAGAUGCAACCCACGAUCUUUCACGACAAGAUCAGAAGGGAGGAAUUGGAAAUCACAGAGCAGCAAAUCAAGCAGCAUCAAUCUGAAACUUCAUGAUGGAACUGUCGGAUCAUCAACAAAUAUUAAUACAAACCAAUCACAGCUUCAUGAAUUUAAAGCCAUUCAGUGUUAUGAUCUCCAAGAAAAGAUUGCUAACCAAAAAGUCAUCAUCGACCGGUCUGCAACUAUUCUUGUGUUCGAUAUUGAGACUAGUGGAUUCAGUCGCAGGAAUGAAAGAAUUAUUGAGUUUGCACUUCGUGAUCUCAUAGGGGGCAAGAAUAGUACAUUCCAAACCCUUGUAAAUCCUGAAAAAGAUGUACUGAAUGCAUAUGUUCAUGGCAUUAGCACGUGCAUGGUCAACAGGCCUGAUGUCCCAAGGUUUAAGGAACUGGUUCCAAUCCUACUCCAAUAUGUUAGGAGCCGCCAAAUGGCUGGCAAACCAGUUCUAUGGGUUGCUCACAAUGGGCGCCGGUUUGAUGUACCUUUCAUUAUUGAGGAAUUUCAUCGUUGUUCUGAGGAAGUUCCUGCAGAUUGGCUGUUCGUAGACACACUUCCUCUUGCACGCCAAUUAGUCAAGCCGGAUGGAUCAAGACUUACCUCCUCGUCAUUGAAGGCACUACGUGAGCACUACGACAUCCCUUUAGUUGGGCCUGCACACAGGGCAAUGCAGGAUGUGACAACAUUAUGCUAUGUACUCCAGAGAAUUACUUUCGAUCUGAAGCUGACUGUUCCAGAGCUAAUAGAUAGAGCUUUCCGGGCUUCGGACAUUAUCAAGGUCCCUCCUCCCUGACAAGUGCUGCUGCAGUUCUCUAACUUAAAAUUAAGUGUAAAAGCCAAAAAUCUCAUUCAUCUCUCAAGUGAUCAUUAAGCAUUGCUGUAUCACAGUGUUCAUUCUUUUCGGCAUUACUAUUUAACUUAUAUAUUGGACUGUAAACUCUGAAUAAAGUUCAGUAAUCUACCAUCUGCUCUGAAGUUUUCAACUAAA